CAUGAAAAUAGCUCUCAUCUUCCUAAUGGCUGCUACUCUUGUAGCUUCUUCCACUGUUCUAUCUGAGAGCGGAAGCUACAGAUUCACCAUUGAUAUUUCCGCAAAUGCAGAAGAUAGUAAUAAUACAGAUGUUACCUUGGGGUUGAUACUUGGGUCUACUACUCAGCCUUUAACGAAUAAUUACUACGUCUCAGGAGCUUGUGUGGAUGUAAUUUCUUAUAAUUACGAACUCAGCAGCGAUAGCAUCACUCUGAAAGGAUUUGGCAUUGAAUGGAAAUGAGCAGCCAAUUGUAACUCAUUAGAAGCUGUCUAUGACACUGUGAACUUCUACGCAGGAGCUCAUUGGGGAGGAACCACCAAUCAUGUCAUCUCGUCUCAGUCUACUUUGACUGCUGUUACCUCUCCAGCAGGUGUAAACUCUAAUAACUCCACAGCAAAGACUGUAUCUCACACUUGGACUAGUUUGAACUCCUCUCAGCUUGCAAAUACUAUAACGUUUCCAGACCAGAACGAGACUUGGUACGUCAGAUGCUUUGGGAAGUUCAAUCAUGCGACCUCAGUAAACUUCGCUGCUGGAAUUACCGACUUGUCUACUUCUCUGGGUAGAGAAAAGAAUGUGACAUUAAUAGGCAGAGGACAUAGAGUAACGGCAGCCAUCCUGGCUAUCGCAGUGUCUCUCGCUGCUUUGGUCAUGUAAACCUGCACUAAUUAAUCAAUAAGUCUUUCUCA